UGCCGUACUGGUCGACUCACUACAUUUACACACUAAACGACCGAAGUACCGAUAUCCCCACAGAUUUUCAUCUCACCACUCACCUCAACAUCUCGACUCUUCACUGUCCACUACACGGCGCACAUCACACAAUGGGCGACCACUGCUUCACAGUCCACGCCGGGACAUACUUUGACCCCAAGACAAAAUCCUUCCGGAACAAUGUAUCCCUAACAAUCGACCCCAAGCGGGGCUGCAUCGUCCACGUCGCAGACCGCCCGUCUACCAGCUGUGACAUCCAAGACGGCGACAUCGAUCUGCGCCGCAAGAUUGUCAUGCCAGGCUUUGUUGAUGCACACACACAUAUCUUUCUACACUCCUAUGCCGAACGUCCCGCGCAAUCCCAAAUGCGCGAUGAGAGCAUCAUUGAGCGCACCAUCCGUGCCUCCAACCACUGCCGCCGAGCUCUUCUCUCAGGAUACACCACCUACAGAGACCUAGGAACAGAAGGCAUGCAAUCGUUUGACGCCAACCUCCGCGACUCCAUCAACCGCGACCUGCUACCCGGCCCGAGGCUCUUUGUCGCCACCGAGGCCCUCUGCAGCUCCGGCUCCUACGAAGUGCGCUCCGAAAACAGAGCUAACGGCGACACACCCCCUCGAAUAUCUAAUACCUGCGACGGUGUCGACGGCGUGCGCCGUGCUGUGCGCCGGCGGGUCGGAGCCGGCGCCGACAUCAUCAAGUUCUACGCAGACUACCGGCGGCAGGCGAUGCGCUUCCCCAGCGGCCUAGAUCCCAUUUCUUUCUUACCGGCGGAGCACAACCCCGCACGCGUCAUGUUCAGCCAGGACGAAAUGCACGCCAUGGUGUCGGAAGCGAAGCUCGCCAAUCUGCCGAUAGCCUGUCACGCGGGGUCUCUCGCAGGUGCCAUGAUGGCCGCGCGGGCCGGCGUCACGACCAUCGAGCACGGCCACGAAGCAUCGCCCGAUCUGUUCCGCGAGAUGAAACGUAACAAUGUGCUCUUUGUUCCCACACUUGCCGUUGUCGAGGCCAUAUCGCCCGCUGCGCUCCCCGAGGCGCUCCGCACCGCGAAGCUCGCAUUCGACCAGGGCGUCCGCAUGGCGGCCGGCGGGGAUACCGGAGCCUUCAACCAUGGCGAAGGCGCCCGCGAGACUGAACUCCUCAUGCAGGCGGGGAUCCCUGUCGAAGACGCCCUCGAGAUGGUUACACUGGCUGGGUGGGAGGCGUGCGGCGGGGAUCGAUGCGGCUUUCGCUUUGGCUGGUUCGAGGCGGGCAACCGGGCCGAUAUCAUUGCGCUAGACUCGGACCCGAGAACGGAUGCGCAGGCUCUCAGGAAGGUCGGAUUUGUCAUGAAGGACGGCAAGGUCUGGAAGCGCGACGGAAUACCCGUCGGCUUCAUCGAUAUCAUGAUGCAGGAUGCGGGGCACACGGACCCGAGCUGGCAGCUUGUAUAAUAGCCUUUUCGGCAAAAUUACAUGAAACAAGGCACCUCCAUUUACAGCGGCACAUCCCAUCGAUUAAGACUGAAAAAAGUGGUGAUGACAAACGCCACCCCGCUUAGCUUGUACAGUCUCUGGUGCUGGUGCUGGUGCUGGUGCUGGUGCUGGUGCUGGUGCUGCUAUUGUUGCUACUACUAAUCGUUUAGUGAAUGACCUCUCGUAGUGGUGUGCUUGUUUGUGUCGUUCGUUCGUCUUGUGCAUGUCACCUGGCCUGACAAGACACCAACCCACGCUCAAUGUAACAUGGCCUC